AUGGUGCAGAAAGCUACGUCAGCAGACCCAAUGUUGCAGCGACUCAUCCAGUACAUCAACUCCGGCUGGCCCAAGAACGGAAAAUCGAAUCAGAAUGUAGCAUUGCAGACGUUUUUCCAUCGGCGUGAAUCAUUAUACGUUGUACAAGGUUGCGUGAUGAUGAUGGAACGGUUGGUGAUUCCGGAGUGUUUCCGGAAGAAACUAUUGAAGCAGCUACAUCGAGGUCAUCCCGGAAUCGAACGAGUCAAAGCCAUCGCUCGGAGCAUCAUCUACUGGCCGAAGAUCGAUGACGACAUCACUGAGUACAUUCGAAGCUGUACCAGCUGUGCGAAUGCGAAAAAAUCUCCACCACAAGCAGAGCCACAUCCGUGGCAGACCGCAGAAGGUCCAUGGGAACGUAUUCAUUUGGACUAUGCCGGACCGAUCGACGGGUUCAGCUAUCUGGUCAUCGUCGAUUCCUUUUCCAAGUGGCCAGAGAUGUUCCAGACGAAAUCAACGACAGCUUCUUCGACGAUCGGGUUCCUCACUGCGAGCUUUGCCAGAUUUGGCGUACCGAAGGUAAUUGUUUCUGAUAAUGGAACCCAGUUCACUGGAUUCGAAUUUCGUUCCUUCUGCGAAAAGCUGGGCAUCAUCCAUUUCCGCACCGCACCGUUCCACCCCCAAUCGAAUGGUCAAGCGGAAAGAUUCGUCGACACGCUUAAGAGGUCACUGCGCAAAAUCCAAGAGGGGGAAGGAUUACGAGCAUCUGCAGCACUACAAACCUUUCUGCAGGUGUAUCGAGCAACUCCGUCCAAUCUGCUCGAGGGCAAAUCCCCUUCGGAAGUGCUGAACGGCAGAAAAAUGCGGACAACAUUGGAUUUGCUGAAGCCUUCGAACAUACUUCCACAACCACCGGUAGCAGCCAAGCCUUGCCAAGCACGGAAACUUGCAGCCGGAUCACUGGUAUUCGCGAAGGUGCACAAAAACAACACCACCUGGAAGUGGCAAUCUGGAGUCAUCAUUGAGGCGAUUGGGAAUGUACAUUACAAUGUACUUCUUGAUGCACCAUCCGGACGGAAGCGGCAAAUUCGUUCUCACAUCGAUCAACUUCGGACCAACGACACUGGAAAACAAAAAAAAACAGAAAUUGAACUACCGCUGAGCAUUCUUUUGGGCGAUUUCGGAAUGACAACAAAUGCGGAGUUUCCCGACGAAAAUUCUUCUUUUGUUUCAGCACAAGAAUUUCCUGACCUUCCGGACGAUCCGGAACUUCCAGACGAUCCUGAACUGCCGGACGAUGAACCGGAGCCUAUUCAACCUGGACCAUUUUCUGCAGUACAUGGUUCUACGCUGGCACGAUCAAAGCCAAAACGAAACAUCAACCCUCCACAACGUUUUCAAGACUAUGUUCUUUCUUAG